AUGACUACCUUCACAAAGCUCAGCGAGCAGGAGGCACCGAGUUUGUCCGUCCACCCAACUCGGCGGAUUUCCAAGAUCAACCCGAACAUCUAUGCCGGAUUUACCGAGCACAUGGGCCGGUGCAUUUACGGCGGUAUCUACGAUCCCGGUAACCCGCUGUCAGAUGAGAAUGGCUUCCGAAAGGACGUCCUGGAGGCUCUCAAAGAGCUUAACAUCCCUGUCGUCCGUUACCCUGGCGGUAACUUUAUGGCGACCUACCAUUGGAUCGAUGGCGUCGGUCCGAAGGAUCAACGCCCUGCAAGACCCGAGCUUGCCUGGCUUGGAACAGAGACGAACCAGUUUGGUACUGACGAGUUCCUGAAGUGGUGUGAAGUCCUGGGAACUGAACCUUACUUCUGCUUGAACUUCGGAACAGGGACUCUUGAUGAAGCUUUGGCUUGGGUUGAGUACUGCAAUGGUACAAGAGACACCUACUAUGCCAACCUCCGCCGCAAGAAUGGCCGCGAGGAACCGUACAACGUCAAAUACUGGGCGCUCGGAAACGAGACCUGGGGACCGUGGCAAGUCGAACAGAUGACCAAGGAGGCAUAUGCUCAUAAAGCCUACCAGUGGGCCAAGGCUCUGAAACUCCUCGACCCCAGCCUGGUGCUGGUUCUGUGUGGACAAGACGGCACUGCUUCAUGGGACUACUACACGUUGAAGCAAUGCCUCCUCCCGCUGAAUUCCCCCCUGUCCACAAGUGCCGUUCCCCUCAUCGACAUGCACAGCAUCCACCUGUACACUGCAUCCUCCGACCACCGUGCUAACGCGACCGCCCCUCUGGCUGCGGAGCGCGCAAUCGAAAUCACCUCCUCCCUUAUUGAUCUGGCUCGAAUUGAGAACGGCGUGCCUGCGGACCAGUUACGCCCCACGAUCUGCUUUGACGAGUGGAACGUCUGGGACCCCAUCCGCGCCGAGGGCAGCAAGGGCGCGGAAGAGUGCUACACGCUCUCUGAUGCACUGGCGGUGGCGGUGUAUCUUAAUGUCUUUGUUCGGAAGAGCAAGGACCUCGGCAUGUGCUGCAUUGCGCAGAGCGUGAACGUCAUCUCGCCGCUGAUGACCACCAAGGACGGAAUCACGAAGCAGACGACAUGGUGGCCGUUGUAUCUGUUCUCGCGGUACAUGCGCGGCUGGACGAUCAGCGCGCAUCUCUCCUGCAGCACGUACGAGGGCGAGACGUCCCCGAAGUGGGUGCGUGGCGUCAAGGACACACCCUGGCUGGAUGUCAGCGCCACCCUUGGCGAGGAUGGCUACGUCAACCUUGCUGUCGUCAACGUGCAUGAUGAUAAGGGCAUUGAGACUCAGCUGGAGGGUCCUUCUGGGGAGGUCUCGGUGUUCACGGUCACCGGAGACAAUGUCAACGUUACCAAUAUGAAGGGGAAGCAGGAAGUUGGUAUCGUCGAGAGCACCUGGGAUGGAAAGGGCAAGUAUGUGUUCCCUAAGCAUUCUUUUACUCUCUUGAGAUGGAAGGCUUAG